AUGAAAACCAUCGCCCAGUUUAUCAGUGAGGGUGAGAAGGAGUAUACGCAAAUAAAGGAAAUCCUUACGAAAGAAUAUAUCAUGGUCCAUGAGUUUUUUCACUGCGAAGAUGCUGCAGAGACCAUGGGUUAUGCGGACAACUUUGCCUGGCUUCUCAUCUUCAAUUAUUUCCACCAUUGUUGGAGUUGGAAGACCAAUGGUGCUUGGAAAUGGCCCAAGGACGAGUUGAAGCGAGGCAUCGUCCAGGUGCGCACAGAUAAUUCCACAGUGCCACAAGACUUCGAAAAAAAUCCAGAUCUGGCGGUCGAUGAGGAUGAUAUCAAUCUCGAUAACCUAGAAACCCCCAAGUGGUGCCACCAGGUGGGAUCAGACCCGGAAAACAUCCAAUGCACAUAUAAUGCCGGCAGCAGCAACAGUGCUUCUAUCACUGCCGCCCCAUCUGCGACCAAGACUCCAGCUUCGUCCACUUCGUCCACCAAAUUGACACCGACUCCUACCGCCACUCAAAAAUGCAGGCUUCACAUCUGGGAGGAGUCACAAACCCCAACCGAUUUAGACCAAACGAUGUACGCCAAGUUCACUGUCUACGAUGGCGCCGACAAGCAAGUCUACAACAACGACGACUGGCAGAAGCUCCAAUGGGGUGGCUCGAUUAACAUCAACCAAGAUGACACUGGUCUGGCGCAUGCCCUUACAGUCACAUUCAAGAAGAAGGAUGCCUAUGAGAAUACAGACGCCAACUAUCAGAAAAGGAUUUUCGAUGUUAACUAUGGGACUACUUCCUGGCGGAGUGAUCAAGCAGGGAGCUACGAUGACAUGAACUCGUUCCCUUUUUGUGGAGUGGGUGAAUGGGAUCAAGCUGGAGGCGAACUUACUUCCGAGGUACAAGAUGGCCCGCAGCUACUUCCGAGUGACUGCUACUUCAAGUGCUGA